AUGGAGAUGAGCCUUAAGAAACAACUGGAAGACGAGUGGUUCAGCAUCGAGCACCUUACUGCAAAAUGGACCUCUUUGCAGCAGAGCCCCCUUUAUCGACGAACUCCGAUUUUAGUCGACUGCUGCGACGCGUUGGAACUGGCUGAUUGCAAACUGGACUUGAAAAUGGAGUCGUUGCAACUGGGAGGCAGCUAUAAAAUGCGUGGUGUGGUCUGUCAGAUGGAUGUGCUUCGACAUGAACUGUCGGCCGGCGGCUAUCAAGGUGUGGUCACGAUGUCGGCCGGCAAUUAUGGCAUUGCCCUAUCUACCUAUUGUGCCAUGGUGGAAACGUGUUCGUCCAGUCGCAUUUCUUCAUUGCUUGAUCGACGACAGGAAGAGGGGUGGAAACUAUGCCACCCAUUCGAUGAUCUGAACUUAAUAUGCGGCUACGGCAGCAUCAUGUUCGAAAUCGUCGAGAAGGUGGGCGAACCGGACGUGAUUCUGGUGCCAGCCGGGCCGGUAGCCGGCGGCGGCCUUCUGUGUGGUGUUGCAUUGGCUGCCAGGCUGAUGGAACUGCCCACCAAGGUGUUUGGCGUCGAGAUGAUCCCUGUCGACGAGGACCCGGCGUGCAAGUCAAAUAGCAUCCUGCGACGGUGCGCGUCCAUGCGCCAGAUGGACCUGAAAGGACUGACAGAGAAGUACUACGGCGAAACUACUUUCCGCAUCUGUUUUGAUUGUGUUGACGGCAUCCUGUCGGUCAGCGAGAAGCAGAUCCUGCAGGCAUGUAGCAAGCUGUUCGCCAUGGGCAUAAUCGUCGAGCCGUUCGGUGCGUCGGCCCUUGCUGCGCUGUGCGCCGGUCGGUUGCCAGAAAUGAAGAGCCAGAAGGUGGUGUCCGUGCUCAGCUGCCGCAACGUCGACCUGAAGGAGCUUGUUCAACUCAACUCGAUGUAA